AUGAUGUCCAAGAACCCCGAAACAGUCGACCUUUGCGACUAUUUGUGCACGCGCUUAAAGCAAAUCGGUAUUCAAUCGGUUCAUGGCGUACCCGCCCUGGACUAUGUGGAAAAAUGUGGUCUCAAUUGGAUUGGAAACUGCAACGAACUUAAUGCCGCGAAAUGGAACUACCCAGGCUACGCAGCCGAUGGAUAUGCACGCAUCAAUGGAAUAUCGGCAUUGAUGACGGUGAUGGGAGUUGGAGAGCUGUCCGCAUUUAACGCAAUCGCCGGCGCCUUUGCCGAGUUUGUGCCUGUGAUUCACAUUGUGGGCAAGCCAAGCCGGCAGGCACAUAAAAACAGGCUCUGUGUGCACCAUAGUCUCGGGGAUGGAGAUUUAAACGUCUUUGAAGAAAUGAGCCGCAAAGUCUCCUGUCUCACAGUCAACAUUGACAGCCCAGAGACCGCAGCCUCCUUGAUAGAUGAAGCCAUUCGGACAUGUUGGAUCCAGAGUCGGCCAGUUUCAAUCUACAUUCCUUGCGAUAUGUACCAAAUUCCAAUCCCAUGUCAAAGAUUGCGCAGCCAGUCGGCUUUGGGCCGGGACAUGCCUCCGGACGACGUGCAUGCACACGAAAGACUUGUUGACGCGGCGAUGAGAGAGAUACGAUUAGCAGCAAACCCUGUGAUAUUGGUUGGAUCAUACGGUAUUCACCACGGGGCAAAGGCAGAGCUUGACGACUUCCUGUCGAAAGUUGACUCUCCUGUGUUUGCCGCCAGUUCAGGGCUGGGCAUUGUUGAUUCGAGGCUCCCGCGCUUUGUUGGACUAUAUGUUGGCUCUUGUUCGAAUUUGAAGACGCGUGAAAAAAUGGAAUCUGCUGAUCUUGUCAUUUGCAUUGGCAAUAUUCAGUCUGAUCUCAGUACGUCUGGGUUCAACGGGGUUCUUCAAUCCGCGAAGCUGAUAGAGAUUGAGAGAACCAAGGCCAGAGUCAAGGGUCAAGCCUUUGAAGGCAUCUAUGCUAACAAUGUACUGAAGGCACUCGCCGGGAGGAUUCGGAGAUCAACCAAAGAAUCCGUCUGCGUUGAUGCGUCUCAUCAUGGAGGUCCUUCCUCUGUUGGUGCCCACCCUCAACGGCCUAUGUCUUCUCCAAAGAAUACAACUCUCUUCAAAUCCGGACUUCAGAUUCUCACCAGUCUUCCAGACUAUGUCAAUCCCCUGUCAUACAUUUGGCCCAAGCCCACAAAGCAUGUGGAAUAUGCGUCUGAAAAGUCAGCCCCAAUCACACACGAUUGGUUCUGGCCUAGCCUAGGGAAAUGGCUCAGGACUGGAGACAUCAUCCUGACCGAAACCGGCACAUCUAGCUUUGGUAUCUGGAAUACGACCCUCCCACCCGAUAGCAUCUUCAUAGCCCAAUACCUGUGGUCAAGCAUCGGAUACACAGUGGGCGCCUGCCAAGGCACAGCCCAGGCAGUGCGUGAUUCAGCCAAUACAGAACGACGCACCAUCCUCUUCAUUGGAGAUGGCAGUCUUCAAUGUGGAUGCCAAGAGCUGAGCACAAUAAUCCGGCAAGGACUCACGCCAAUCAUUUUUGUCAUAUGCAACAAUGGGUACACCGUGGAGCGGUUGAUUCACGGCGAGAAGCAGAUCUACAAUGAUAUUCAGCCGUGGAAUCAUCGGCUCCUCCCCGCAGUGUUUGGCGCAGCGCCGGGCACUUACCAGACCCACCGUGUCGAAACUACAGCCGAGCUGGAGGCUUUGUGGCGCUCUGCAACUUUCACCGACUGCUCGGUCCUGCAGGUAAGCCCGCCAGAUGAAGACUAUUGGACCAUGCAAGCGAUCGAGACCUGA